ACGAACCAUGCGCAUCUCUAAUGUCCAGCUUCCUACCGAGCUCGUCGAGUAUAUCAUUCUGGAAUUUUGGAACUCUGAGCAUCCUUCAGAUGAACGGAUUAACUUCAUGACAGGAUGCCCCCUUAUCAACAGCGUGUGGAAGGAUGUCUUCGCACGCAUCACUUCUCGAGACAUCCACGUCCCAACCAUCGCAUAUCUGCUCUACCUCAGCUCUAUCAUCUAUCUCGAUAAUUCUGCAAUCUAUCCCACCUCUCUCCCCGAUUCUACCCAUACCAUAACCUGUUAUGUUGAUCUCAUUAAAUCGACGGAAGACGCCAUGAAGGAACCGUAUUCAGCGUUCUGCAGCCUGCCCAAUUACAUCGGCUUUUGCAGGUGCUUUCCUAACCUCGAGCGAAUCAAUCUUGAGAUCAAGUUUCGCAUCGGAUGGCAUCAACACUUUUUGUAUCAUCACCAGCUCUUCCAAACUCGCGUUUCUAUAAUCCUCGAGCAUGCAAAAGCACAGCUGUGCAGGCUGCCUGUUGACUGGAGUAUCGUCGUAGAUGAUCCACCAUAUGUUGAAGAAGUCGCUUUGGCUCUCCGAAGAUCAUGGACCACCAUUCUUUCAGAGAUUACUUUUGACAUGGUGCAAUGUGGCCGAAACUUUACGCCGAUAUGGUUCGCAAGAUCAAUAUAUUCUGCGGUAGAUGGUUCGGUAUAUCAACGGGGGGCACGCCAUUUUCAUAGUCAGAUUUUCAUCAAAGAAUCAAAGGGAGACCUGCGGGAUAUCAAUUAUCGCUUCAAGAAGGCCGCCCGAAGAUCUUGGAGUCUGAAAAACAUCUUUUCCGGAAUCCACAAAGACCUGCAAUUCAUAUUUAACUCAGAUACCGUGACUGAAAGUCGCGCUUGGGAUUAUAUUCUGACGCAAAAAAAACUGAACAUUUUUCAAUGAAGACUAC